GGUAAAUGAUUUCGAUUGCUAACUGAACAUUUGGUUGCUACUUUAGCGAGAACAAAAAUUAAACAUACUUGUUUACUAUCUUCUUAGUCAAAUUUGGAUUCAGUAUCUUUUUGCUUGUAAACCGAUCAUUUUGUACAUGCUGUGUGAGUUUCAGAGGUUUGCAAUGUGUAGGGCUAGCCUUAUCGGUGCCACACGUUCAGCACAAUCUAAGAAAAAAUUUGGUCAUAGUUCUAAUGAUAAAUUGUUUAUAUAUAGUUACAAUGGACUGCUACAGUCAAAGUUACCUCAGAUCACAAAUAUGCAAGAUCAGUCAGUUCGAUUAUAUUCUAAUGCGCGAAGACCUGGAUUUUUUGCUCGAUUUGUUGAGAAUAUCAAACAGGAGAUGCAAAAGAAUAAGGAAAUGAAGGAAUCUUUAAAAAAAUUUAGAGAGGAAGCAAAGAAACUUGAGCAAUCAGAUGCAUUAAAAUCAGCAAGGCAAAAAUUUCAAGCAGUAGAAUCUGAAGCCAACAAAGGUUCAGAAGUACUGAAAGAAACAAUAGAUUCUUUCAAAAGAAAGACACAAGAAGUUAUUGAAGAAGCAAGUAAAUCGGAAUUAGGUAAAAAAGCUAAAGGAGCAGCCGAAACUAUUACCGAGAAAGGUCAAGCUUUAGGAAAGACAAGUGCAUUUCAAACAAUAUCACAAACAGCAGAAGCUGUGAGAGAAGAGCUGGAUCAUCAAGGAAUGCAUGGACGCGUUUAUGUUCCACCCAAAAAGUUAAGGAAAAGGAAGGAAAUUAUCCAAGACCAAAAUGAUAAAUGUAUAACGCCGAAUGAAGAAGCUAUGGGAGUUGAAUUACAUAAAGACUCGAAAUUUUAUCAAUCGUGGCAAAAUUUUAAGGAUAACAAUCCAUAUGUGCAUAAAGUUUUGGAUUGGAAGAUAAAGUAUGAAGAAUCAGAUAAUCCUGUUAUUCGUGCUUCCAGACUAUUGACAGAUAAAGUUACAGAUGUAGUUAGUGACUUAUUUCAAAAGUCAGAAAUUUCUGAAGCAUUAACAGAAAUUUGUAAAUUGGAUCCAAAUUUCGACAGAAUGCAAUUUUUAAAAGAUUGCGAGACUGACAUUAUACCAAAUAUCCUCGAAGCUAUGGUGCGAGGAGAUCUUGAAAUUUUAAAAGACUGGUGCCAUGAAGCCCCAUAUAAUGCAAUAGUACAGCCAUUAAAGCAGGCACAAAAAUUAGGAUGCACCGUAGACAGUAAAAUUUUAGAUAUAAAUAACAUAGAGUUAGUAAGGGGUAAAGUAAUGGAACAGGGACCAGUUUUAUGGAUUUGCUUUCAAAGCCAACAAACUGUGUGUAUAAGAGAUUCUCAGAACAAAGUUGUAAAAGGUGAUCCCGAGAAAGUAAUGCGUGUUAUUUAUAAUUUCGUAUUGUGUCGCGAUCCUACAGAACUUAAUCCGAAAGCUGCAUGGCGUUUACUUGAUAUUAGUCUUAUUAGUUCAGACGAAUUUUUAUAGUGUACAAAUUACACAUAGACCUAGUUAAAAAUCAAUAUGUGACUGGAAAACAAGUGAAAAUUGUCACAUAUUUCUUUCCCGGAUUAAGUUUAAUUUUCACGAGACUAUUUAGAAUUAAC